CGCGCGCGGCGGGGGCUGCGUCUGGGUCGUGAGCGAGCACGCGCGCGCGCACACACAGACAUUUUGACGGGGUCGAGGACGUCCUCCAGGGAGCAACGAAAGGCACUGAGCGAGAGAGUUAAAGGAGCGGCGGUGACGGGGAUGUGAUUACAAUCGGAGUAGGACCACCCGGGCGACACCAAGCGAAGCCGGAGGAGGAGGAGGCGCCGACAGCGGCUUGUUUUAUUGCCCUGGAUCUCUCACUCGGUCCGCGGCUGACGGCGAUGAGCGCGGGGCCCGGAUCGGCCUGUGGCUGCCGCCGGCUCGGCUGACGGAGCGGGCGGGCUUGUUUUUUUUUCGCUUUCAAAACAGUUCCAUCCAUUACUUAAGUGUAUUUAUCGCCACACGUCCCCUCGCACUCAUCCCCACAGGAGAGGCCGGUGAGAGCCCGGGCCCUUCCCUGAGCAACACCCCCCCCCAAAAAAACACCCGCAGCCGGCCUCCACCCAAGAUGAUGUGUGAAGUGAUGCCGACCAUCAGCGAGGAUACGAUGAGCCCGCGGGGCUCGCAGUACGGCGCUGACACCGAGGCCAACUUCGAGCAGCUGAUGGUGAACAUGUUGGACGAGCGCGACAAGUUGCUGGAGAGCCUGCGGGAGGCGCAGGAGUCGCUAGCCCUGUGUCAGGCCAAGAUGCAGGAGGCUUUCCACGAGAGGGACUCGCUGCAGAGACAGCUCAACACCGCCUUACCUCAGGAGUUUGCAGCACUUACAAAAGAAUUAAAUGUAUGCAGAGAGCAUUUGCUGGAAAGAGAAGAAGAAAUUUCAGAACUGAAAGCAGAACGAAAUAACACCCGGCUCCUUUUAGAACACCUUGAAUGUCUUGUUUCCAGGCAUGAACGGUCACUCAGAAUGACUGUAGUGAAGAGACAAGCUCAAUCUCCAGCGGGUGUAUCUAGUGAAGUAGAAGUUCUUAAAGCACUCAAAUCAUUAUUUGAACACCACAAAGCUUUAGAUGAAAAGGUACGGGAACGGUUAAGAGUAGCACUUGAAAGAGUCAGUGCUUUAGAAGAAGAAAUUGUAAUUAGAGAGAAAGAGCUCUCCUUAAUUAAAGAGCAAAACUCCCAUCCGCCGAAGAAAAGCGUAACAGAUGCAUCUGAUGAAAAUCAUAGCGGCGAUAAUCUACCUAGCACAAACGGCGUGAGAUUUUCUAAUAGUUCUAUAAGUCACGAUGAAGAUUUGAUUAAAGUAAUAGAGCUUCAGGAAACAAUAGAUAAACAAAGCAAGGAGAACGGGCAGAUGAAGGAUCGACUGGCUGCUCUGUCUAGUAGGAUAUCAGAACUUGAAGAAGAUCUGGAUACAGCCCGUAAGGACUUAAUUAAGUCUGAGGAAAUGAACACUAAACUUCAGAGGGAUUUGCGUGAGGCCAUGGCUCAGAAAGAAGACAUGGAAGAAAGGAUAACAACACUUGAAAAACGCUACCUCAAUGCACAACGAGAAUCAACAUCUGUACAUGAUCUUAAUGAUAAACUUGAAAAUGAACUUGCCAAUAAAGAUGCCAUGUACUUACAGAGUGAAGAGAAGAACCGUCAGUUGCAAGAGCGGCUGGAACUAGCUGAGCAAAAACUACAGCAGACUCUCAGAAAAGCAGAAACACUACCAGAAGUAGAAGCAGAGUUGGCACAAAGAGUGGCUGCACUCUCAAAGGCGGAAGAAAGGCAUGGAAACAUUGAAGAAAGGUUACGGCAGUUGGAGGCACAGCUCGAAGAAAAGAAUCAAGAAUUGCAGCGAGCUCGUCAGAGAGAAAAGAUGAACGAAGAACAUAAUAAGCGCUUAUCAGACACUGUAGAUAAGCUACUGUCAGAGUCCAAUGAAAGACUUCAGCUGCAUCUAAAGGAAAGGAUGGCUGCAUUAGAGGAAAAGAAUUCCCUUAUUCGAGAGCUUGAAAAUACCAAGCAACUGAUUGAAGAAACACAUCAAGAGAAGAAUCAAUUGCUGGCUGAAAUUGAAAACUCACGGGCUGAAAAUGAUCAAUGGAGAGUAAAAGCAACUUCUUUUGCCGACCCUCUGCAUCACAGCAGGCCUCAUUUAAGCAGCUCGGAUUAUAGGUAUCCAUUAUCAACAGCAUCAGAAGGAGACUCCCAUCCAGACCCGUACAGCAGCACUUCAGUAUUGCGUAGAACUCAGAAGGGUCGCUUGGCAGCUUUACGAGAUGAGCCUUCAAAGGUCCAGACCCUGAAUGAACAAGAAUGGGAGCGGGCACAACAAGCCAGUGUCUUGGCAAAUGUGGCCCAGGCUUUUGAGAGUGAUCCUGAAGUGUCAGAUGCGGAAGAUGAUAGAGAGACAAUUUUCAGCUCUGUUGAUUUACUCUCACCCAGUGGUCAGGCUGAUGCCCAGACUUUGGCUAUGAUGCUUCAAGAACAGUUGGAUGCCAUCAAUAAUGAAAUAAGGCUCAUCCAGGAAGAAAAAGAGUCCACACAACAGAGGGCAGAAGAAAUUGAGAGCCGAGUGGGUAGUGGUAGCCUUGAUGGUCUGAAUCUUUGCCGAUACAGAGGAGGCACACUCCCUGCCUCAUUCACUGGCUCAUCACUUGCUGGUUCUUCACCGCCCGGCAGUGGGCACUCCACACCAAGACGAACCCCUAGAAGUGCCGCUCAUGACCUUGAUAGGCUCGGUGUCAUGACACUGAUGGCAAAAGAGGAUGGUCGAGAUGAUAAAACAACGAUAAGGUGUGAAACAUCACCACCUUCUACUCCAAGAUCCAUCAGAUUAGAUCGGAUUAGCCAAGGUGCCACUGUCAGCCAGGAGGAUAUACGGGAUAUAAGAAGUUCAACAGGAUCUCAGGAUGGUCAAACAAGCAAUCCCAGUAGCAGCAACAGCAGCCAGGAUUCUCUACACAAAGCUCCCAAAAAGAAAAGUAUAAAAUCUUCUAUUGGGCGACUCUUUGGUAAGAAAGAAAAGGGUCGGCUUGGACAGCCCGGCAAAGAUCCCACAGGGCAAGGUGGCAUACCUGAUAUGGAAACCUGUCCACAAGAUACCUUGGGACUCAGUAAACUUGGCCAAGCAGAAAAAGAUAGGAAAUUGAAAAAAAAUAACAAAUCAGGGACGGAAUUAUUGGAAGAAGCACGAAGGCAAGGGUUACCAUUUGCACUAUGGGAUGGUCCCACUGUGGUCGUAUGGUUGGAGCUUUGGGUUGGCAUGCCUGCUUGGUAUGUUGCAGCAUGUAGAGCCAACGUUAAAAGUGGUGCUAUCAUGUCGGCCUUAUCAGAUACCGAAAUACAGCGAGAGAUUGGCAUCAGUAAUCCUCUUCACAGGUUAAAAUUGCGUCUAGCCAUCCAGGAAAUGGUAUCAUUAACCAGUCCAUCAGCACCUCCAACUUCACGAACGACUUUAGCUUAUGGGGACAUGAAUCACGAGUGGAUCGGCAAUGAGUGGCUUCCCAGUUUAGGUCUGCCUCAAUACCGCAGCUACUUUAUGGAAUGUCUUGUUGAUGCUCGAAUGCUGGACCACUUGACAAAAAAGGAUCUUCGGGGGCAGCUUAAAAUGGUCGAUAGCUUCCACAGAAAAAGUCUACAUUGUGGAAUAAUGGCUUUAAAAAGACUGAAUUAUGACCGCAAGGAGCUGGAACGAAGACGUGAAGAAGGACAACAUGAAAUUAAAGAUGUUAUGGUGUGGACUAAUGAGCGAGUGAUACGUUGGGUUCAGUCAAUUGGACUUAAGGAAUAUGCAAAUAAUCUUUUAGAAAUUGGAGUUCACGGUGGACUUAUUGCACUAGAUGAACUUUUUGAUUACAAUGCACUGGCUCUUUUGUUACAGAUACCAACACAGAAUACACAGGCCCGUCAGUCACUGGAAAGAGAAUUUAACAACCUCUUGGCUGUAGGAACAGACCGGAGACUAGAUGAUGAGGAUGAAAAAGGUUUCAGGCGAGCUCCUUCCUGGAGAAAGAAGUUCCGACCAAAGGAUGUAAGGGGUUUGACACCUGGAUCAGCAGAGACACUACCUGCUAAUUUUAGAGUUACCUCAACAAUAUCUUCACCCUCCAUGCAGCCAAAGAAGAUGCAAACAGAUGGCAGUGUUUCUGGAGAGCAAAGAAUGGAUUCUGCCACUGUACGAACUUAUUCGUGUUAAUUUUGGCUCACUUACUCUAUUUCAACAGAUGACUGCACAGUAAAGCCUUCAUACAUGAAUUGUAUGUCACGUCAAUUGGUGCAAAACCCAGGAUAUCAGUAAUGUAGCAAUAUUUCUAACUUGGACUUAAUAUUUUGCUACAGAAAUUUUAAUUAGUUGAACCACAAGUCAUGAGUAUCCUAGAUAUAAAUUUUAGAAUAACUGUUUCUUAUAUUUAUGUAAACCUGUUUCGAUAUUGAUUUAUUGUAGAUCUAGCUUUAAUUGUGUACACCUGCUAAAGGCACAUUUUAUAAUGUAUAAUUCUUUCUUACAUCAAUUUUCUUUACUCUUAAUCGUGUUAUUUUUCAAGGAAAUGUACCAUAUGUCUGUACGUAUUCAUCCCUAUGAAUACCAUGGGGGUUUUGUAAAUCAUUAUGUAAUUACUACAGAUAUGCAGAUUUUUUUUUUAUAAAGUUGAAGACAAUAAAAUGUUAUGGCAUUUUCAUGCUGUUUUUCAAAGAGAAACUGCAUGCUGACAGCACUAGGUUUGUUGAUGUUGUAGUUAGUUCCAAGUCUGUAAUUAAAUCCUUUUUAAACCACCUGUUCUAAUUUUUAAAACUGUAAAUGCUUAUCCUUUUUUUGCAGUAUGGUUCCUAAUGUGUAGAUGGAUAUAAGAGAGAAAGCCAUAUAUAUAGGAAUAUUAAGGAUAAAGUGGAACUGAAUGCAAGCAAAGACCUGUCACAGUAUUUCCUCCCUUUGCUCUUGGGAAAAGGCUGGUGUAACUUUUCAAUGGACCAAUAUUACUUGCUGGUGUCAACUGGGAUGAAAAGGGAGGACAGGUCUAUUCAAUUUAUUGUAUACGAAGCGGGGUACUUUUUAAAAAUGAGAUGAAAGCCUUAUUUAUUUUUCAUGGACUAUGGUUCACUGUUUUUGCAGCCCUUUCCUAAUCUAGAUACUGUGCAUUUUAUUUUGAGAGAUGACCCUUCAGUAGUAGACCGAGAAAAUGUUGUCUUGGAUAUAUCAAUGAGACUGUUCAGUAUUUUUGAAAAAAAUAUCGUUCAACAUCUCAGCUACAGUUUCAUUGGUAUGGUGAGCUAUGUAUUGUGUACCUACACAUUGUAACUGUCCUAAAGCUACUUGGAUUGGUCAGUUUUUGAUGUUUGUUGGCCUGAAUCAUGUACUGUCAUUUGUCCAACAUUCAGUUGCUGUCUGAGAUUUUCCUCUGCUGCCUUGUAACAAAUUAUGUACAGUCUAUACAGUAUGUUGAACUAUUUUUAUCACAGUAUUUAUUGCUUUCUUUCAAUAAAAUUCUUAAACUUUUAUUUUCCACUGCCAAUAAACAAAGUAAACUGCUUAUUCAA